AGAGAAAUUAAACUUCCUCUAGUAAACAGGUCUGUCCUCCCCCCCCCCCCCCAAAACAACCCAAAACCAAAUAAUUUGCCAACCAUUCAAAUCCUCUUUAGUGGCAGAGAUAUGACCAGUCAGUAUGUGAAAAUACUUGAAUCAUACAUUUCUAUUUCAGUGCAAAUGUUCUUAAUACAGAUGUCAUUGUCAUUUUUACCUUGGGAAACAUUAAAUCCAUCUAUAUCAGCUCAUUAAAGUCUUUUUUUCCAUUAAUAAGGGAAGGUAAACGUAGUCCAGUAUGGUGUGGUGGGUUAAUAUGCAUGUUAAGCUGCUGCUGUUAAAAAGUUUGAAGUCCGUAAGGCUGUCAACUGGAUCAACAGUUUAAAAGCCAAUUAAUUUUUCUCUCUGAAUUUGUCUGAAAAAUCUUUUAUCUUUUUCUUUUUCUUUUUUUGGAUGCUUUUGGAAAUGUUGGAUUUGCUUACCCCUGUUUCCUUAUAUUGAAGUUACAUGCCUAAAAUAGAAAUUUCUUGAAGCUUAGGCAAAUUAAAUAUGUAAUAAACUGAUUAUAGACUCAUGGUUUCAUUGCCCAAAACAAUUCAAAUCCAAGUACUAGCUGCCAUGAACCUGAAUGACUCUCUGUCUGAAUCCUGUCCCACUGAAUGCAUUUCAUCAGGGAUGUGGCUGCUGGUUGUUUCUCCUUGUGCUAUGUGAUUGCCCAAGAUCUUCUAAUCUAAUAUGGGGCUGUAAUUUUGUGGGAACUGUUCUAGGGGAAAAACAUGGGCAUCAGGAAGUGUCAUGGGUGGAACUUCACCAGGAAUGGAUUAUGGCCAUAGAGGGCACUCUCGUGGGGAAGGUGUUUUAUUUUGUAUGAGGCUUAAAACAGAGUUAUAACCACUUAGAAGGCCAAAGAUUCCCAUGGAUGUGAAUAGGAGCAUUAAACCUAGUAUCCUGGUGGAAUUCCAACUUGGGUAAUUCAGGUGCAUCAUAUCGUAUCAUACACUUCCCCAGUAGGGUUAAGUUUUUUGUUUAAAAUAUAAACCUGCUAAAAUGUCUUAAUGUUGCCAGUUCAACAAGCAUGUUUGGUUAUAUACCAGCAGUAGCUCCAUUUCUGUAGUGCUGCCUGUAUGUAUGGUUCGCAAUGGGCUUUGGGAGUCCUUUGCAUUGAAACGUACUUUAUAAAUGUAAGAUUGAUCCUUAUUACAUUUCUUAUCUCUUGUCUUUAAUACUUUGUUUUGUACAGCAGGAUAUGAGCCUUCUCCUAUGUCCGGGCUUUGGCCUCACACAGUAGGUGUAAUAUAAUCGCUGAGGUGGGCGAUCUGCAAGGAGAAUUAUUUUUGGAGGCUUUUGCAUGAAACUUGCCCAAUGAGUCUGAGACACCCAAGCACCAUUAAUUUUGGAGAAACUAUGUUCCAACUUCCUGUCAACAACCUUGGCAGUUUAAGAAAGGCCCGGAAAACUGUGAAAAAAAUACUUAGUGACAUUGGUUUGGAAUACUGUAAAGAACAUAUAGAAGAUUUUAAGCAGUUUGAACCUAAUGACUUUUAUUUGAAAAACACUACAUGGGAAGAUGUAGGAUUGUGGGACCCAUCGCUUACAAAAAAUCAGGACUAUCGGACAAAACCCUUUUGCUGCAGUGCAUGUCCAUUUUCCUCGAAGUUCUUUUCAGCCUACAAAAGCCACUUCCGGAAUGUUCAUAGUGAAGACUUUGAAAAUAGGAUUCUUCUCAAUUGUCCUUACUGUACUUUCAAUGCAGACAAAAAGACUUUGGAAACGCACAUCAAAAUAUUUCAUGCUCCAAAUGCCAAUACACCAAGUGGAGGCAUAAGCACUUUUAAAGAUAAAAACAAACAUGAUAGCCUUAAACCUAAGCAGGCUGACAGUGUAGAACAAGCUGUUUAUUACUGUAAGAAGUGCACUUACCGAGAUCCUCUGUAUGAAAUAGUUAGAAAGCACAUUUACAGGGAACAUUUUCAGCACGUUGCUGCUCCUUACAUAGCAAAGGCAGGUGAAAAGUCACUCAAUGGUGCGGUUCCGUUAAGUUCCAGUACCCGAGAGGAGGGUAGUAUUCACUGCAAACGAUGCCUUUUUAUGCCCAAGUCAUACGAAGCUUUAGUACAGCAUGUUAUUGAAGACCAUGAACGUAUAGGAUAUCAGGUAACGGCAAUGAUAGGGCAUACUAAUGUAGUGGUUCCCAGAUCCAAACCUUUGAUGCUAAUAGCUCCAAAACCACAGGAUAAAAAGUCUAUGGGACUUUCUCAAAGGAUGGGUCCUCUUUCUCCUGGAAAUGUCCGAUCGCUUUCAUCACAGCAGAUGAUGAACCGACUCACUAUACCAAAGCCUACAUUAAAUUCUGCAGGAGUAAAUAUGAUGUCAAAUGUUCAUCUACAGCAGAAUAAUUAUGGAGUCAAAUCAGUACCACCAAGUUAUGUUGGGCAGCCAGGGGGAAGGCUAAACUUAAGUGGCAAUGCACCAGUUUCUAUUCCACAACAGUCCCAAACAAUGAAACAGUUUUCACCAAGUGGAAAUGGAAGGCCUUACACCCUUGGAGGGGAGCAGAGAUCACAAGCCCCACCAAGGUACUCUCUUCAGUCUGCCAACUCGUCCUCUCUUUCAUCAGCUCAGCUGAAGCAGACAUCAUUAUCUCAGUCCCAGGCAGCGUCAAGAGUAUUAGGUCAGUCUGGCUCAAAGUCUCCUGUAGCUGCCACAGGCCCUUCUGCUGUCAAUACUUCCUCAACACAAAAGUGGAAAAUUUGUACAAUCUGUAACGAGCUGUUUCCUGAAAACGUGUACAGUGUUCACUUUGAAAAGGAGCACAAGGCUGAAAAGGUGCCUGCAGUAGCUAACUAUAUAAUGAAAAUUCACAAUUUCACUAGCAAGUGUCUAUACUGUAAUCGCUAUUUACCUACUGAUACAUUGCUUAAUCACAUGCUUAUCCAUGGUCUGUCUUGUCCGUACUGCCGUUCAACCUUCAAUGACGUUGAAAAGAUGGCUGCUCAUAUGCGAAUGGUUCAUGUUGACGAAGAAAUGGGACCUAAAACAGAUUCCACUUUAACCUUUGAUUUGACGUUGCAGCAAGGUAGUCACACUAAUAUACAUCUUCUUGUAACCACCUACAAUCUUAGAGAUGCCCCUGCUGAAUCUGUAGCUUACCACGCGCAAAAUACGCCUAUUGUUCCUCCAAAACCCCAGCCAAAAAUCCAGGAGAAAUCGGAUGUACCUGUAAAAAGUUCUCCUCAAGCAGCAGUCCCCUACAAAAAAGAUGUUGGUAAAACACUCUGUCCACUAUGCUUUUCAAUCCUAAAAGGACCCAUUUCUGAUGCACUAGCACAUCACUUAAGGGAGAGGCAUCAGGUUAUUCAGACAGUUCAUCCAGUUGAAAAAAAGCUAACAUACAAAUGCAUUCACUGCCUUGGUGUAUACACCAGUAACAUGACUGCCUCAACGAUAACACUGCACCUUGUACACUGCAGAGGUGUUGGGAAGACACAAAAUGGCCAAGACAAAUCGAAUGCACCCUCUCGGCUAAAUCAGUCUCCAGCCGUAGCACCUGUGAAACGUACUUAUGAACAUACGGAAUUCUCUCUCAUGAAGAAAAGAAAAAUAGAUGAUGAUGACUCACCACCUGCCUUUGAAGAAAAGCCUGAAGAACCUGUAGUUUUAGCUUUAGACCCCAAGGGUCACGAAGAUGAUUCUUAUGAAGCCAGAAAAACAUUUCUUACAAAAUAUUUCAAUAAGCAACCAUAUCCCAGUAGGAGAGAAAUUGAAAAGUUGGCUGCCAGUUUGUGGCUAUGGAAAUCUGAUAUUGCUUCACACUUCAGCAACAAAAGAAAGAAAUGUGUUAGAGAUUGUGAAAAGUACAAACCUGGUGUGCUGCUUGGUUUCAACAUGAAAGAAUUAAACAAAGUUAAGCAUGAAAUGGAUUUUGAUGCUGAAUGGCUGUUUGAAAACCACGAUGAAAAGAAUUCCAGAGUCAAUGCUAGUAAAACGAUUGAUAAAAAGAUAAACUUAGAAAAAGAUGAUGAAAGUUCUUCAGACAGUUAUGAGAAUAUAGAGGAGGAAUACAAUGAAAGCAAUAGUCCGUUUGGUCAACGCAUUUCUAAUGUUGUUAAAAAAACCUCUGUUGAUAGUAUAGUAGAGAACGUGGAAGACAGCAUAUCAAAGGAGACUGCUGAGGAAAAUACUUUGCUAUCUCCAGAAAAAUCAGAUAAGAAACAGGAGGAAGGUUUAAAAUAUGAAGAAAUUCAUUCUUCUGAGGAACCAACGAAGCUAGUAGGUGAUGCUUCAGAUAGUGAUCAAGAUGAUGCUGUUGAAUGGAAAGAUGGAGCUUCACAGUCUGAAAGCGGACCUGGUUCUCAGCAAGUUUCUGACUUCGAAGAUAAUACGUCAGAGGUGAAACCGGAAGCCUGGACAGAUGAAUCAUCCCAAAGUGAAGAUGCUGGUAGUAGUAAGCCUACUGCAGAAACGAAGGGGAUUGCAUCUGAAAGUGAUGAAGAACAGUCAAAGUGGAAGAAUAGUUCCUAUGGAAAAGUAGAAGAGUUUUGGUCUAAGGACCAGUCGCAGUGGAAAAAUGCAUCGGAAAUUGAGGAGAGCUUAUCAAAUCAGCAGAUGGAAUGGCAGAAUAGCACAAUUGACAGUGAAGAUGGAGAUCAGUUUGACAAUGUGACUGAUGGUGUAGCAGAACCAAUGCAUAGCAGCUUAACUGGUGUAGAGCUGAGUAGCCAGCAAGCAUGAACUGCUUGAUUUGGAAGCAUCAGUAGUAUGAUCCAAUCUACAACUGUCUAAACACUUUCAUUUCAGUAUGACUGAAUGCUUAAUUUCAGUAAGCUUAAUUCUAACUGGUACUGCCUUUUGAGUGCUAGGUCAUCUGGUGAGUGGUUGAUGUGGCCACUAUUAUUCCAGUGGUUAUUUAAGUGCGCUGUUGGCUAAUUUGCUUGAUAAUACCUGCUGUGAUGAGCACAGUAACUUAAUGUGAAAACAGAUAAGCUGGUGGCUCCAGAAUGCACACAAAGAAAAGCAGAGGUUUAUUUUAUCUGCAUUUUCAAUGUUUAUUUCACUCUUGUACAUGUUCAGUUGUAUGUCUUUUUAAACAUUACCCUUUUUCACAUGGUAGUAUAGGGCCAACAUACGAGCUACCAGUUCAAUGUGUAUAGUAGACUAUGGGGAAAUUGAUUUUUUUUCAUGUAUCAUUCUGAAUAGUUGAAAUGUAUAUUUGUACAGUCUUUUAGACCUAUUCCAGUGAAGCUUAUGAAAUUGUUCUUGUGUACCCAUCAUAGAUUUGUUUCUCUUUUUUAGUGUUGCCCUGCUGUGUAAUAAAUGCUGUAUCUAGUUUACCUAGCAAGAGCUUGAAACUGCUAUAGUAUGGAUUUUGACAAACUUAGUUUUUGCACAUAACCUUGUACAAUCUCAAAACAGAGGCCAGCAACAUAAAAAUUAUAUCUGGACUCUAUUGUAUUAUAGAAUUUUCUUGUUCUGAAUAUCCUUGACAUUACAACUGAUGACAAAUGUAUUUCAGAGCCAUUUUCUGAAAUCUUUUAAGCUAAAAAAGAAAAAUCACAUGCAAGAAACAAGUUUGCAGCUACUAAUUUUGACACCUUUUAGAUCUGUAUAAAAGUGUAUUGUGUUGAAGCAGCAUACAGGAAAAAAGUGCUGCAUUUUGAAUAUUUAGUUUUAUCUUUAGUUAACACCAACAAGGCGUUGUAUUCAUUUAUACCAUCUAAUAUAUGACACACUGUUGUAGUAUGUAUAAUUUUGUGAUCUUUAUUUCCCUUUGUAUUCUUCAUUUAAGCAUCUAAAUAAAUUGCUGUAUUGUG